UGUUCCUUGCAAGGCAAAAAAUCCUAGCAAAUUGGAUUUCCUUCUCUUCCAAUCCACACCUAUAAACAAACCCCUACAAAGGAAAGGAAUAACAGAAGUAGCCAUGUUAAUUAGGACAUCUUCGUCUAUAGAAAUCAUGGAGGACGAAGAAGAGAAGGCGCCGUUACUUUCAAAGAAAGAGCUGCCGGAAGUAGACAGAAACCUCAUCCAACAAGGCAUCAGCCAGACGUUCCGAAGCACGGCUUGCCUUGCCAACCUCCUCCCCACCGGCACGGCCCUCUGCUUCCAGGUGCUCGCGCCAAUAUUCACAGGCGGAGGAAAAUGCGAGGCGGCAGGCCGGGCCAUGACGGCCGCGCUCGUGGGGCUCUGCGCGUUGUCGUGCGUGCUACUGAGCUUCACGGACAGCGUCAAGGACAAGAAGGGGAACGUUUGCUACGGCUUCGCGACGUUCAGAGGCAUGUGGAUCAUCGACGGGUCGGUGACUCUUCCGCUGGAGAUCGCCGCCAAGUAUAAGGUGAGGUUUAUCGACUUCGCGCACGCGGUGAUGUCUUUGGUGGUGUUCGCGGCGGUUGCGAUGUUUAAUGAUAGUGUGGUGGAGUGCUUGUGGCCGUCGCCGUCGCCGGGGACCAAGGAGGUGCUGGCCGCGCUGCCGGUGGGGAUCGGGACGGUGGGAAGUAUGUUUUUCCUUUCUUUUCCGACCACGCGACAUGGUAUUGGCUUUCCCCUCUCUUCUACUUCAACGUAAUGCCCCUUUUUUAUACUACUCCAUUUUAUAGAUUCCAAACAUAAUUUAUUAAAGGCUAAUAAUUUUUUUAUAGUCGUAUUUGUUUUUUUAUUGACCUUUGUAAUUACCUAAGGACACAUUAUUUUUUAGUACUACACAUUUUUGGGCACUUCAAA